CCCUACUGUAUUCGCCAAACUGAGUGUUGCUCUUACCGCUCUUUCUUCCGUCCAGCGGCAGCCGCAUCUACGCACUCCUUCACAACCUUGUAAUCCCACCACCUCAACCUCCUCUCCACCAAACAUCAAUACCCCCAGUCAGUCCAAUGUCCGCCUCCACGCCCGCUCCACCAGUCGGCACCCAACCCGCCCCCAACCUCUCUCUCGACCUCGAAGCCGCCAAAUCCCCACCAGCAACCGACCCCUCUCUCCCACCCACCAAACGCCCCCUCCACCACCGCCUCCUCCCCCGCUUCCCCGACGCCCCACCCUUCCGCCUCUGGCUACGCCGCAGCUGGCUCGACAUCCUGACGCAACUCCUCUGCGUGCUAACCGCGUACCUGAUCUACAUGUUCGGCCGGCCGCUGAUGCCGCGCCUACUCCCGCUCUUUCCCGGAAUCGAGCGCACGCCCUGGGGCAUCAAGCACGGACAGCCGUACAUGGCGGAGUACGUGACCACUGUUGUGAGCGCGGUGGUCAGUUUCCUGGGGCCGUUUGCGGUGAUGGGGGGUGUGGGGCUGUGGAUGAGUGCGCGGGAGAGUAGGAGAGGGAACGCGAAGGGUGGGGAUAGUUGGGGUUUUUGGGAUAGUAACGCCGCCACCAUCGGCCUCGGCUACGCCCUCGCCACCGCAACCCUCUUCCAAGCCCUCAUCAAACUCACCAUCGGCGGCCUGCGCCCGCACUUCCUCGCCCUCUGCAACCCGCACAUCCCGCCGCACUACCGCGGCGCCGGGCCCGCCAGCUUGUACUUCCCGUCGGGGCAUGCGUGCGCCGCGUUCGCGGGGUUUGGGUUCCUCGCGCUGUGGCUGAAUGGGAAGUGUAAGAUCUUUGGGCCGCAGCCCCAGCGAGGUCAGCAGAUCGAGGAUCGGAAUCGGGGUGAGGAGAGAGAGGGGGAUAGGGAGGGGGAGAGGGAGGGUAGGAAGGCGCAUUGGAAGCUCGUCCUUUUCGUCGCGCCGUUGUUGCUUGCGGUGCUGCUGGCGGCGAGUAAAGUGAGGGAUGGGUGGCAUCAUGUCAGCGAUGUGGUGGCGGGGGCGCUGGUUGGGAGUGCGUUUGCGGUGAUGGCGUAUCGGAUGGUGUAUCGGAGUGUGUGGGAUGCGCGGGAUAAUCAUGUGGCGAGGGAGAGGGAGGAGUAG